AUGCUAUCAAGAAACGUUCAAAGAGUAUUCGUACUUCUAUCAUGUACAUUUUUAGGUUUAAUUUGUGGAACAGUAUACUUAUAUAGCUCAUAUUCACCACAAUUGGCUAAGAAAUUAAACUAUACAGCAACAGAAAGUUCCAAAAUAGCAUUAUUUGCAACUUUAGGCACAGGGAUAGCAGGUCCUGUCUCUGGAUAUGUUGUUGAUCAAAAGGGUUAUACGUCUUCAUUAAUUAUUGGUGGGGUCUUAAUAAUUUCAGGUUAUAUUGGACUUAAAUAUCAAUACGAUACUUCAUUAAGUUAUGUAAAUUUAUCAAGUCUUUUUUUAUUUAGCAUUGGUUCAGGUUCAACUUUUAUAAAUUCAGGAUGUUUAAAAUGUUGUGCAGUGGGGUUUCCAAGUAUUAGGGGGGUUGCUACUUCAUUGCCUUUGGCGUUAUAUGGCUUAAGUGCUCUAUUUUAUUCUGUAAUUGGUUCAGUUUUUUAUCUGGCAAAUAUAUCAAAUUUUUUAGGAUUCUUAGGUAGGUCCAUAACUAUUAUUUUUAUUAUUUGUUUACCUAGUGUUUAUUUGGCUGAUAAGGAGCAUAAAUUAAAGAAAGCUGUUAAUUUCAAAAAUACAUCUACCACUGCUGAUGUUCAUGAAAAAGAGGUCAACGAAGAGAAUUCCAACAUUUUGAAAAACUAUAAAUUUUGGUUUUUAUUUAUCAUCACUGGAUUAUUAGCAUCUUUAGGUCAAAUGUACAUUUACUCAGUUGGUUAUGUAGUUAAAUCAUUAGUCAAUUAUGCAUCCACUUCGGGCAAUCUAGUACCUGAACAAUCAUCAUCAUCACUGGACACCGUAUUGUCGCAAGAUAAGAUAGAUCUCAUUGUACAACAACAACAACAGAUUCAAGUAGGAACAAUUUCAAUUGCAAAUUGUAUUGGAAGAAUAGUAUCAGGCAUUCUAGGAGAUAUAAUAGUUCAGUCGUUUCAAAAACCAAGAUCAUGGCUACUAGUAGUACCAUCAAUUGGAUUAACAGCUAUACAAUUAAUCAACUACUUCACAGAAAGCUUCAAAAGCUUAUCAAUCAACUCAUUUAUAAUUGGUUUCACUUAUGGCUUUACAUUCUGUAUCAUGCCAAUUAUAACUGGUGAUUUAUUUGGUAUGAAGAACUUUUCAUUAAAUUGGGGAAUCAUAAGUUUGUCGCCAAUUCUUCCAACCUAUAUCUUUACUAAUUAUUUUGGAAAAGAGUAUGAUUUCAAUUCACAAAAAGUUACUACCAUGAGUACCACCAGCACCACUAAUGAAGUCACUGGAUGUUCAAUAGGUAAUCAAUGUUAUAACAAAAUUUUCAAAGUUACUUUUUUAGCCGGUUUGCUAUCACUUAUUUUAAUUGUAAUUUUCAAUUUUAAAAGUCGAAGGAAAACCAAAAUGCUAUCCUUACUAGAUCUUAGAUCAAAUAAUUAUAUAGAGAAACCUAAAUAG